UAUCACUUGGACAAUUUAUACUGGUAUUAACAUGGACACCUUAUAUUAAUACGAAACACUUUGUUACAACAGGAACGACCUAAGAAAUGAAAUGCUACUAUAUCUUUUCAAAUCCGAACGGAACUGGGUCGCGAGAUAUCCAUAUUAUCGAACUUCUGCUGCAUAAAUGAACCCGAAUCACUUCAAAGGCUAUGCCCGUUGGAGAUAGUUACUUGGAGCAUUAACUUCUUCGUCUCCAUCAUCAAGUUCAGACGAGUGAGCUCUUAUAAUCCUCACCUUAGAGGCGAUGACGUAUACCAGAGUCGUGAGGCCUGCUUCACCGCCCAAGUCGGAAUCCCCAGUCAGGGGUCUUAGGUCGAGAUCGAGAUCAUUGUCUGCUUCCAGAAGGAGCCGUUCGAGGAGCUGUGAUAAUGAAGAACCUGGCAACCCUGGAAAUAACCUUUAUGUGACUGGCCUAUCAACAAGGGUUACAACUAGUGAUCUAGAGAAGUUCUUUAGCAGUGAAGGGAAGGUUAUUGAGUGCAAUCUUGUCACUGAUCCUCGAACCAAAGAGUCUCGUGGUUUUGGGUUUGUCACAAUGGAAACAAUUGAAGAUGCAGAUCGCUGUGUUAAACAUCUUAACCGCUCUGUGCUUGAAGGUCGGCUUGUUACUGUAGAGAAGGCUAAGAGAAAACGGAGGCGCACUCCAACUCCAGGAAGAUAUCAAGGUGUGAUUAAUAAACGAGGUUCUGAUGGAAGACGAUCUCGAAGUCACUCACCCCGCCGACGGCAAGAGAGGGAUUCAUACAAUGGGGAUCGGCGUGGAAGGCCACGGUCACCAUGUAAUCAGAGGGCUGAUGACUCUGGUUCAUAUAGAAGGCACCGGGACAGGUCCACCUCCCCUAGAAGAAAAGACUAUGCAAGAGGCCGUUGACUCGGUCAUAUUUCUUCAACUUCCUGGGAUACCUUUAGGUGGUUUAUCAUAUUUGAAUUGUAUUUAAUAUUUCUAAUGCUACUUGGUUCAUAUUUUAGUGGACUCUAUUCAAUUGUGAUGAAUUGAACAAUGGAACCAUUUUAGUAGGUGUAGACAAGGAUAAAAAUAUUGGUAUUUAUGUAACUAUCGAUAUUCUGAAAUUAUUUUUAUUCGGUGGAUAUUUUGAAGAAACUAUAUUGUACACUAUGUUUUAUUUACAUCAGGUAAUGAUAUUAUUAAUGUUUCAUACUUUCCCGAC